AUCUCCAGGAACAGGGUUGGGUACCCGUAGCCGAGUGCAAAACCUUUUACCACUACUUAUCUCGAUAGCACUGUGAUUAAGGCGAGUGCGCUGCGCUAGCCUUGGAAGGGUUGCUUUUCAAAGCUACUCUGCGGCGAAGGAAUGCGGUGAAAAAUGUAAAUGUGAGAUUAGAUUUUCCCCUGCGGUGCGGAAUGAGGAAAUGUUAUUGGUCCGAUACAGUGCCAGCAGCAAGGGGAGGGGCAGAGCGGGUAACGGGUAGGUUAGUGUUCUGAUAGUGAUUCAUUCAUGAUAUGUUACUCUGAAUACUACUGUCGCAUUCUACAUGUCUACAGGUCAUUAGGUAUUCCUUCUGUCUGUUCAAUGAAAAUUAUUUUCUCCCUUCAAACUUUGAUGUAUUUUUUUUAUUUAUUUUUAUUUACCGUAAUUUAUGUUCCGUUCGUUGUUUGGAAGAAAAAUAUGUUUAUGUAAGUAGAUACUUUGUAUUUACGUUACUCAAUAGCAUGGUGUGUGAGGUUUAGGACAACUUCUACAGUUGCCAGGAGUUCAAUCAUAACCUGGAUGCCGGUUGAGAUCAAGACUUCAGUACUCGUGUACAUGGACAGCUCCCUUCUACUCAGCACUUUAUUUUCCACGCAUUUGGACGGGACUACGGAAAAAUACUGAGCUGCGGCUAAAAAAAUCACGCUCUUCUUGGGAAUAUCACCACCCGCCAAGCGGACUGCUGACUAUAGCAGACUGCAGCGUAGCGGACGGUCGAAACAUAGCGGAGUUACCUGUCUGGCGAUUAAUGGAAACAAACGACUGGGACGAUAAGCAUGUAGAAAUUCACGUUUAAGGAGAUAUUCUUUUAAACGCGAUGUUUCGAGUUGUGAGAACACUUUUACUGAAUAUUCGUCACGCACUCCUUUAACCUUGUCAUAGCCUACUCUUGGACCUACUGUGACCAAGGACCAAACUGGAUGGAUGACAAAUGCCGAGUGUAGAUAUAACACUUUAACGAAAUAAUACAAUUAACAGAAAAACACUUUCUGUGUUUUGGGAAUACUUUUAUGUCCCGAAGUGAACUGAAGAAUACAUGAGGAUGUCCGAGAACACAUCGCUGCUGAUGCUGGGGUCACAGGGCACUUCAAUGAACUCCUCCUCCAAUUCCUCCGUCUCCCCUCCAUCGGCGGACUGGGUCGCCCCCACCUUCACCCGGGCAGCCCAGUUUCGGGUGGUGGCCACCUUGGUGCUCUUCCUGUUUGCGGCGGUCAGCAACCUGGCGGUGCUGAUCAGCGUGGCUCGGGGGCGUGGCCGGCGGCUGGCGUCGCACCUGCGGCCGCUCAUCAUGAGCCUGGCGGUGGCCGACCUGAUGAUGACCUUCAUCGUGAUGCCGCUGGACAUGGUGUGGAACGUGACGGUGCAGUGGUACGCCGGCGACGCCAUGUGCAAGCUGCUCUGCUUCCUCAAGCUCUUCGCCAUGCACUCCUCCGCCUUCAUCCUGGUGGUCAUCAGCCUGGACCGCCACCACGCCAUCCUGCGCCCGUUGGACUCGUUCGAUGCCAAGCGCAGGAAUAAGAGGAUGCUGCUCCUGGCCUGGUCACUCAGCCUGCUGCUCGCCUCCCCGCAGCUCUUCAUCUUCCGGGUGAUUAAGGCAGACGGGGUGGACUUCACCCAGUGCGUGACCCACGGUAGCUUUCAGCAACGCUGGCAGGAAACAGUCUACAACAUGUUCCUAUUCGUCACGCUCUACGUUGUCCCCCUGCUGGUCAUGAGCUUAUGUUACACGCGCAUCCUAAUUGAGAUCAACCAUCAGAUCCACAAGAGUAAAGGUGGAGAGUCCUGCCUGAGGCGCAGUGGGACAGACAUGAUCCCCAAGGCGCGUAUGAAGACCCUGAAGAUGACCAUCAUCAUAGUGGUGUCCUUUGUGGUCUGCUGGACACCUUACUACCUACUGGGUAUCUGGUACUGGUUCCACCCACAGAUGAUCCAGGUGACACCUGAGUAUGUCAACCACAUCCUCUUUGUGUUCGGCAACCUCAACACCUGCUGUGACCCCGUCAUCUACGGCCUCUACACCCCGUCGUUCCGCGCCGACCUGGCUGUCUGCUGGUUCUGCCGCCGCCAGGAUUCCUCACCCAAGUCCCUUGACCGCCUCUCCGCUCGGCAAGGGAACCCCAGCGCCGAGCAAGAGUCUGACGCCCCCAGUGUGGACCAGAUGAGAGCCAAUGAGGAGUAGAGAUCCAGAAACCGUCAGGGAAUGUCCGAUUGUCACCUCACAGCAGUUAGGCUCACAGAGUCCUGUAAAACUGAGAUCCACUGCUGCCUUGCUGCAGUCCGGCCCGACAGCCAUUGGUCAGGCUGGACCUACUGAGUGUCGAACGUAGCAAGUCCCUCAAUGAACCGACUGCCUGAUUAAUUACUGCUGAGUAUUUUCACUGUCUUGCUGCAUUAAUGGGGGCGAUCUUUAAACUGCUCCCAAUGAGUCCUGCUGCAAUGUAUCCAAUCCAUUUUAUAUUGUUUACAUGAAAUGGUUGGUUCCUGUAUGAAAGAACAUUUAGGCGCCAUGGGAGUAAACUACAGACAGGCACAUUGAUUGUGUGCUGAUUAUCAAGCACGGAACUUGGCAUUCAUUUACAGCCUUUUCGGUUGAACAAUUUAUUAACUAGUAUUGUGUUGUAUGAAGUGUGAUGCACAGAGUAUUGAUUAGCACAUCAUAGUGGAAACCACCAAUGCUGUUUCUCUCAUUAUUUCAGUCUCAGACUUCUUUGUUUAUAAUCAUCCCUCUAUGUCAUUCUUUAUGUUCAUUGAUCAAGACAAACCAGUUGAACUCUCUUGGGGAAUUAAACCAGCAGCAUGCACACCUUCAGUUAUUAUUUUUACAGUUUUCCUUGAGCAUGUCUGAGCUGUUCUAUUACAUACAGUCUUUGUUACAACCCCUGGCUUUAUCACUAGAACUUUGUUCCUGCAUAUCAUUUUGAAGAGAAAUGUCUACAUAUUUUGUACAUAUAUUAGUUCCAGUUCAGCUCUUAUGUAUGCUGAAGUUCAUAUUUUGUAUGCCAAAGAUCCUGUUGUUCAUGUACAUUGUCAUAUGCUUUCAGUGUCUUCUGGACUGGAAUCUUCUGAAAUAAUUAUUUAUAGACAUUCUCACACCUAAAAAGGCUAACCUGUAUCAAAAUGAAUUUUAUUAAGGAAGAAUCAAGGAUCUGAGGACCUUAAAGGCUUGAAUCUCGGUUGUCUUCAACACCAUUUGCAGAACUCCUGCACAUCAGUGUGGACCUGACACAGUGUACUUUUGGACCCACAGCAGCUAACAGGAUGUGUGAUUUGACCUCAGGUUUUGACUGAUAGGUGAGUUAUCAUUUGCCUUUUUUGGAAUAAUCAUCGGCUAGAGUGAGCUCCAUGCUGAUGACUUGGGGGAAGCUGUAUCCAGUAAAAUGUCCAGUGUUAAUUCAGCUCUAACAGAGCACAUUUUGUCCCACUCUGGAGCAGUAAGAGGUGAAUUAACACUGCAUGUUUUUCUGUGUGGCAGCCAUGAUGUGACUCAUUACCAUGGCAUGAGCCAACUUUGUGUGGAUGCGUCUGAAAAGAGUUCUCAAAAUAAAUGGCAUGGCAGGUUGCUUGGACAUGGCUACUUUUCAUCUGAUCUGGGUUUCUGAAAUGUGUGUGGAACGCUGAUACACAGCUGCCAACAGCAUCCACUUUACAUGGCCUGUAGGUAUUGUUUGGUUCUUGAGUUUAA